AUGACGACCGAACAACCCCCCGCGCUCAAUGACCUGAGCAUCGACGAGAAAACUGAGACCAAGGCCGUUGGGCAGGUCGUGACGCCCUUUGAUGUCUCUGGAGGAGUCGAUGAGUCCGGCAAGCUCUUGCCAGUCGACUAUGAGAAGCUCACCAGGGAGUUUGGCGCCACACCUAUCAAUGCAGCACUACUGGAGCGCUUCGAGAAGGUGACUGGCCACCGGCCUCACCGUUUCAUGCGCCGGAGUAUUGUGUUCAGUCAUCGUGAUUUGUCCAAGAUUCUGGACAAGCACGAGAAGGGCGAGCCUUUCUUCCUUUACACGGGCCGUGGACCGAGUAGCGACAGCAUGCACGUCGGACACACCGUGCCCUUUGAGUUCACCAAGUGGCUCCAGGAUGUUUUCGAUGUCCCCCUCGUUAUCAUGAUGACUGAUGACGAGAAGUUCAUGCACUCCCAGAAGAUCGAGAUCGAAGAUUCAAAGAGAUACACCCGAGCCAACGCCAAGGACAUCAUUGCUGUUGGAUUCGACAUGAAGAAGACUUUCAUUUUCAGUGAUUUCGAAUUCAUCGGCGGCGCAUUCUACGAGAACAUGUGCCGCAUGGCUAAGCGUAUCACGAUCAACCAAGUCAAGGGUACUUUUGGUUUCAAUGACAGCAACAAUAUUGGAGAGUUCCACUUCUGCGCCACCCAGUCUGCAUCUGCCUUUGCGACCAGUUUCCCUCAUAUCUUUGGCACCGAGACCAAGAAGGUCGCAUCAAUCCCCUGUCUGAUUCCCUGCGCUAUUGACCAGGACCCCUACUUCCGCCAAUGCCGUGAACACGCCGAGAAGAUGAAGUUCAAGAAGCCAUCUCUCAUCCACUCCAUCUUCCUUCCUGCUCUUCAGGGUCCUGGAUCUAAGAUGUCUGCCAGCAUUGACAGCUCUGCCAUUUUCAUGAGCGACACCCCCAACAAGAUUAAGAACAAGAUCAACAAGCACGCUUUCUCCGGCGGCCAGGAUACCGCCGAACUGCAGCGUGAGCUUGGUGGCAACACCAAGAACGAUAUUCCCUUCCAGUACUUGACCUUCUUCCUUGAGGAUGAUGAGGAGCUGGAGCGCAUUCGCACUGAGUACGAGGGUGGAAAGAUGAUGACAGGCGAGAUUAAGCAGAAGUGUAUCGCCGAGCUUCAAACCUACGUCCAAGGAUUCCAGGAGCGCCGGGCCCAGGUCACCGAUGAGAUCAUGGCUGAGUACAUGCGUCCGCGCCCCUUGGAGUGGAAGGGAAACCCCAACCCUGUCGUGGUUGAGAAGGCUAAGAAAUGA